CCUCCACUCCGUCCGCGCGCAGGGGCGACCACAGGGCGACCACUCGGAGCGAGGACCAGUUGGGACAGACUUUUCACGAAACACUUUAUUUUAAUUCAGUCCCUUGGUGUUCCAGGCGCGUGCCUGCGGCCCGGUGGAGGGCGUCGGGGCGGCGGGUGAACGCGGCGCGGCUCCGCUGCCUCUUCCUCUCUUUGAGGUCAGUAACCUGUGAAGAGAAGAGGAGGACAAAAAACAGGAUUUACUGAAAACUGGGAUUUAUCAGAGCUGAAUUAGACAUGGUCGCCUAUUUCUGAGGCACAGCAGUGUUUUGUGUUCAUAUUUGUCCAAAAAAGAAGAGGAAUAUUAGUGACUAGCGGAGGCCAGCACGUGCUACACCUGCUGCCAGCAGAUACAGAGAUGUAUGCGGAAAAGGUUGCGAAGGAGGGGAAGAUGGGGAACAGGGCCAUCUCUCUGACCUUUGUGCUGACCCCCUGCCGUGUGGUUGGGGUGUGCGUGACACUGAUGACCUUGGGAGCCAUUGGAAGCGCCGUCUGGGCCGUAGUCACGUAUUGCACAAUGGACGAAGACACCGGAUUAUAUGACGUCCAGGUAACGUCUGCUGACCAGCGUCUGCGAGUCUUUGACUCCGCCCAGCGGAGGUGGCGUCAGGUGUGUUCCUCCCCGGCCGACGAGCUGCUGGCCAGCAUCAGCUGUGAAGAAGUGGGCUUCAUCAAUGUGGUGAACUACUCCGUCACCUCGGUGGAGGCCGGUGGAGACAGAGGGGAGUUCUUCUGCGUCCGACAGCAAGAGCUCAGCUACGGCAAGAAAAUCAAAGACUCCUUGUUCCCAUGUGACUGUGUGAGCGGGGAGGUGCUCACUCUGCUGUGUCAAGACUGUGGUCGGCGUAGCUUUGCAGCGGACCGUAUCGUGGGCGGCGUGGUGGCCCGUCACGGCAGCUGGCCGUGGCAGGUCAGCCUGGAGUACGACGGCGUUCACCAGUGCGGAGGCACCAUCAUCUCCAACCGCUGGAUCGUGUCCGCCGCGCACUGCUUCAGGGACCGAUACCGCUUCGUGAACCGCUGGCGCGUGCUGCUCGGCUCCGUCUACAGCAAACCCGUCAACGCCAACGUGGUGGAGGUGAACACCAUCGUUUACCACAGCAGCUACCUGCCCUUCGUGGACGCCAGCAUCGACGACAACAGCAGGGACAUCGCGGUCCUGGCCCUCAGCCAGCCCCUCACCUUCAACGAAUACAUCCAGCCUAUCUGCCUGCCAGCAUACGGCCAGAGGCUGAUAGACGGACAGAUGGGAACAGUAACCGGCUGGGGGAAUGUCGACUACCACGGAGUUCAAGCCGAUGUUCUCCAGGAGGUGAACGUUCCCAUCAUCAGCGACGCCGUGUGCAACGCGCCCGACUACUACGACAACCAGAUCACCACCAGCAUGUUCUGCGCUGGCUACGAGAAAGGAGGCACCGAUUCCUGCCAGGGGGACAGCGGGGGUCCUUUCGUGGCUGAAGACUGCCUGUCCAAGACCCGGCGGUACCGCCUGCUGGGCGUGGUGAGCUGGGGGAUCGGCUGCGCCAUGCCCAAGAAGCCUGGCGUCUACACCAGAAUCUCACGAUUCCUACCUUGGAUAUCCACGGCCAUGAGGAACUACAACAACUCACCGGGGCUUCACAAAAUGGCUCGGACAUGAGAUUCCUGUUCCCGAGUUUCCACUUUUUUCUACUCUUGGAUAUAUUAAAGACCUGGAAGACGUCCCCAGACGGAUGAACGUCUUCACGGUGACAGAGUCCCACUUAAAGCUUU